UAUGGUUAUGAACUAUGAAGAGGAUAUUGGGAAAUGAUUUAAAAUUUGAUUUUCAGUGAAAAAAAACACGAUAAUAAAUAGUUGUACUGUAAAUUUACGCGUUUUUUAAAUUCUAAUUAGUGUUAUUGUUUUGAGAACUGGAGCAUGUGAUUUGCAAAUGAGAAAUACGUAACAAGAAAAAGAAAAGAAUAAACAGUGGAAAGAAAACAAAAUAAUUUACUCUAAAAUAGACGCAAUAUUUAUUUUUUAAAAAUGAAGAAAAAAUAAAAUGAAAGGUUGUAGAAAUGCGCGAAGGGAGAGAGACAGCCGGUGGAGAAUAGUGCAUAAGAGAACUGUAGAUAAUAAAUAAGAAUAUAAAUAAAUAAGUGAACUUCUUAAAGAAAAAUAAUACAAAAAUAUACGUGACUUUAACACAAAAUAUAUAAAAAAAAUACCAAUCUCCCUUCAAUAUAGUGAGGGUAACGUGCCCAAAGGCAAACAUGCAAAUCGAAAAUAUAAGCCAAUGAUAUAAUCUUAGUGUAAAUAGAUCAUUUAGAAAAAAAAUAAAAAAUAAAAAAUAGCCAAGACGAUGAGGGUGACGAAUGCCAUCAUCUGGACAAUCUGCAUCAGCAUCAUCGUCUUCAUCUGCGUCUUGUGGUUCGUCAUCUGCUAUAUAGGCCUAUGCAAACUGCGAAGGAAGAAGAAGAAGGAACUGCUGCCGGUUUUCACACUCCAUGGGCAUCAAGGAGGAUCCCCGACGCGACACUGGACCAAUGGCGGCAUCAACCACAAGGCAGACGACAAGCUUUCGACGUUAUCCAGGUACUGGACGAUCGACCGCAGCCUGGCCCGCAAGCGAGAGCGCAGCGGCGGGAGCUACACCCAGAUCAAGCGGUCUCUGAGGGAGCGCGGGCAGCUCUUCGAGGACGCGGAGUUCAACACGAGUCCGCGCUCGCUCUACCACCACAAGAAGCCGCACGUGGGACCCAUCGUGUGGAUGAGACCCCAUGAGAUCUGUGCGAGGCCCAAGUUCAUUGCCGACGGAGCAACCAAGUUCGACGUUGAACAGGGUGAACUCGGGGACACUUGGCUCGUCCAGGCGGUGUCCACGCUCACCCUCACGCCCAAAUUCCUGGAUAGGGUUGUGCCACCCGACCAGGCCUUCGAUCACACCUACUGUGGCAUUUUCAGGUUCCGCUUCUGGCACUUCGGCGAGUGGGUGGAGGUGAUCAUCGACGACCGCCUCCCCACCUUUAAGGGGCGCCUCGUCUACCUGCACUCGACGGACCCCUCGGAGUUCUGGGCGGCGCUGCUGGAGAAGGCCUAUGCCAAGCUCUACGGCAGCUACGAAGCUCUGCAACAAGGCUUCACUACGCGGGCGUUGCAGGAUCUCACGGGCGGCAUCGUGCAAAGUUUCAGCCUGACUGUGCAAGACAAAUUCCUCACUUACCAGGUUCUUAAUUCGGCUGUUCCUCGGUCUACGCUCCUCGUUGCCUCGAUCAAUUUGGAGAAAGACACGAAGAGAAACCUCAGACUAAGGAACGGCCUGGUUACGCAACACGCCUACAGUGUCACGGGGCUGGCGAGAGUCAGGAGCAAGCUGGGGGAAACGCCGCUCGUUAGACUGAGGAACCCCUGGGGCCGCGGCGAGUGGAACGGGCCCUGGAGCGAGAGGUCCUGGGAGUGGGACUCCCUCUCGGACAGGGACAAGGACCUGCUCUCAGUGAGGGUCAGGAACGAAGGAGAAUUUUGGAUGGCCUUCGAGGACUUCGCCCGCCACUUCACCCACCUGGACCUCGUGCACGUGGGGCCGGAUGACUGGAUGAACGAGCCGGCCCUCCACUCGAAGAAGCCGUGGCGGGCGGUGCUGGCGAGGAGGAGGUGGCGCGCCGGGUACAACGCUGGGGGCGGACCGCAGUAUACAGUUCAGAUUUUAAACAUUUUCAUAAAAUUGCUUUGCACCAGACGCCCGAUGGACGUGACCUCGCACAGCAUGGCCAGGGAGACGGUGACCUUCUUCACCCUGCCCCCCGGUGACUACAUGGUCGUCCCCCACACGGCUCAGCCCAACAGCGACGCCAAAUUCCUUCUCCGGAUUCUCACGGACGAGCAGAGCAAUAUAUGGGAAGUGAACGAAGACAACAUGGUGUUCAGAUCCAUCAGCUUGGAGCGCAUAGACGACGGGGCGAAACUGAGAGAUGGACGAGCAAUGUUGCAGAAGAUGUUGCACAAAUACCCACCUGAACUCGACCCACACUUGUUCCACAAAUUCCUAAAGACACAUUGGAAACUAUUCCUGGUGGAGAAACCGACGCUGGAAUUAGUCAAAAGUGUGAUCAUGUUGCGAGAUUUCAACAUUAGCGGAAGAGUGGCGCUGGUGGACGUUCCAGGCUUGCUCCUCAUGCUACAGUUUUGGCGGACGGCCUUCCUCAAGUUCGACCGCAGCCACGGCGGCAAGACCUCCUCCUACCACCUCCGGCCGGCGCUGUGGGAGGCGGGGGUGACGGUGUCCAACAAAGUCCUCGAGUGUCUGGUCCUCCGCUUCGGGAAAAACAGAGUCCUGACUUCGGAGGCUUUUCUCAUGGCCCUCGUCCGCUUGCAUCUGGCUCAUGAACGUUAUCACAGCAUAGAUACGAAAAUGAAGGGAAAUCCGCUGUCUUUAGAAGAGAUGAUCCUGAUGACAAUAUACUCGUGAUGAAUGACGUAAUGGAAGUUCUUACGUCAUCAGUCGGAGAGUCACGUGCUCUGGGACAACGGUGACGUAUUGGUGACGUGGCGUACGUCUUGGGCGAUGUACGUUUUAUCCGUCUGCGAUGUGUAUUUGUAUUAUGAGUUUGGGAUGUACACAUGUGAUAUCCGGUUGUGGAUGUACGUCCGUGAUAUCAGUUAGUGAUGUACAUUCGUGAGGUUAUGAUGUUAGUCUGUGAUGUACACCGAUUAUGUCAUUUUGCGAUGUACAUCCUUGAUAUCUGAGAUGUACAGUACAUUCAUGAUGUUUGUCUAGGAUCUACAUUCAUAUCAUCAGUCUGAGAUGUACACUCAUGGUAUCAGUUUGUGAUGUACACCCAUAUUAUACGUCUGGGAUGUACACUCAUGAUAUCUAUCUGCAGUGUACACCCUUCGAUAGAUUCAGUGCGUUUCUGCUUGACAAACCGCUGUUAAUCGAUACAUUUCUGGUCGCUGUACAUUUACCCAGUCAUAUGUACAUUGUCAGUGGUGUACAUCUUCCCGAAACCAAGUGAAAAGAGUUACUGUACAUCUUUGUUCGGUUUCGACUACCAAUCGUUUUGAGUUAUAAAAGCAACUUGUUAGCGAUAAAAAUGUGAAAUUCUGAAAAUAGAUGAAAAUUAAUUAAAAACUUCAACUCAAGUGGUGAACAGUGACAGCAAAGGACGCAAAGGUUAAAUCAUUGGAUAAAGAAAUUAAUUACUUACACUAAUAGGGAAAAAAAACAACGCGCCUGGCAGUGCAGUUCCUUACUCCUGUACGAUAACCUCACCCCCACGUAUUGUCUACUAAAGCUGCUAUAUCAAAAUACUCCAAAAAAACAACAUGAAAAAAAACUGUCUACCCUCUUAACCUGUGAAAAAAAUGCCGUACAAACAACAGUGAAACUUUAACCAAAAUUACAGAAAAUUGAAGAAAACAAAUAAACAAUGACUUUGCCCUUGACCAAAAACACAAAGGAAGAAAAAGAAAAAAAAGAAACGUAUAUAAGAUUUUUCCUGUGUACUACAAGUUCGCAGUGUCUAAGUAGAGAGGGCUGUUAACACGAGAGCCGCAGAGAGAGACUCCAGAAACUCAAGCUUAAAGUGAAGUGACGCAAAAAAGAUGACACUGAACAUUUUGGUAGAAAAAAACAAAGUCUUUUUGUUGUGAGAGUUUUCGGAUUUUAUUUUUAUUGUUGUUAUUUUAUUAUUAUUAUUAUAAUUAUUGUUUUGUUGUUAUUAUCAUUGCUAAAAUAGUGUUACGAUCUAUUAUUAUCAUUGAUUAUUAUUAGUGUUUGAAUUGAAAAAAGUUAGAUCAUGAACACUGAUAAAAAAUAAAUAACAAUGAAAAACAACAGUAAACAUAAACACUGCUCAACUGUUUUUUUUUUUUGUUUUUUUUUA